AUGACAUUGGAUAACAACUCUGAGAAGGCUAAAUGGGAUGCAGAAACUACAGAACUAUUGUUAAAUAUAUGUGUGGAAGAAAUUUUAGCAGGAAAUCGUCCUGGAACUCACUUCAGUAGAUUAGGAUGGUCUAAUCUGGUGCAAAAGUUUAAUGACAAAACCAGAAAAAACUAUGAUAAAGUUAAGUUGAAGAACAAGUGGGACAACCUCAAAGGUACAUGGAAAGAAUGGGAUACUUUAGUUGGAAAAGAGACUGGUUUAGGAUGGGAUCCCGAUAAAAAAAUAAUUCAAGCGAGUGCAGAUUGGUGGGAUAGGAAAAUAAAGGAAAAUCCAAAUGUAGAGAAAUUCAGAGAGAAAGGUUUACAACAUCUACAACUGAUGAAUUCAGAGAGAAAGAUUCAUCUUGUUACAACUACCAUGGCUAUACAUAAUUUCAUCCGACGACGAUCUUCUACUGAUAAGGAAUUCAACUAUUAUGCUAAUGAAGACAUUACUACAGAGAUUGAGGAAGGAGAUGGGGCUUCUGGUAUUCCUUUAGAAAUGCAAGACAAGUCUUCGACUAUUAUGGAGGCGUUGCGUGAUAGAAUUAGAGAUGAAAUUGUUGAAAAAUAUUAUCAUGUGUGA